AUGGGCAGGGGGACAUACCAGUACAUCAAAGACUUCCUGACGGAACGGACCACCGAAAUCUGCGCGGGAGACCUGCAGCUCGAAAAGAAGAAGCUGGACAGCGUCGGAACUCAGCAGGGCUCGAGAGGUGUGCGCUUAGCUAGCUUCGUCACGUUCGUCGAAUCAGCCCCUGCAUUAUUUCUUCCGUCGCCACGCCGUACCCGCGGCAACGCCAAGCUCUCCGAAGGACAAGCUUUCUUCUCCGGUUGUCUGACGACGGCUAAGCUGGACGACGCAGCCCACAAGCAACAGGGGCGCCGACGCAAGAAGAUUCUGUCCUCAGAGCCAUUAGCCACUGGCUUCUCUGAUCCGCCUCUGCCUAGCGGCGCGCGCGAUGCGCGAAGCUCAACAAACGCAUCAAGAGCACCGGGGUUUGACGACAAGGAGGGACCCCGCUUUAAUCACGCGGCGACGGAAUCUCCGAGACUACAGCGCCACGGUCAUCGACACGAGGGAACCGAGCUUGCUGGGGACGACGGACGGCGCCGUAGCAGCUGCUCGCUAACUUCAACGACGCCUCCGGAAUCGCCUGUCCGUCCGCCGAGGAAGCAGUCCUGUCCGGGAGAGAAGAAACGGCGCCGGAGACAAUCGUCUCGGCGCGGGUCAGUGCGCCGCAGCCAAAGGAGGCCCAAAUCAGCGUCCGACGCAAGAGGCGACGAGCCAGAACCGACAGCCGGAGCGCGAAAGUCGGUAGCGUCGGUCCAGCAGGUCAGUCGGACUCUGCAGCUGCCACAAGAACUGCGGAGCCAACCGCCAUGCUGCUCCCAUGCAGUGAGCGCUGGACUUCCGGUGCCCGAAGCGGCACUACCACACAGUGAACUGAACCGAGAGAACGAAGAGGCGACGGCGCCUACAGCGCCUAGGUGUAAGAAGAGUUCUCGCAGAACCAGGAGGUCUUCAUCUCGUCAGCAGAAGACAGCUGAAGUUGGAACGACUAGCUUGACCGGUGACGCCGGCACGCCUGUCGCUCAAGAGCCCCCUGCGACGCAAUCGAAGGGGUCAGGGUCUCGACACUGGAAGGAUAUUCCAGAAGGUGAAAACGAAAGGCGUUGCCAAAGGACUCUCUCUCUGCGCCGUCCGGUAGACGCUUUUCUGAGUGCAAGUCUUUCGACGUCGGGUACCGGCUCGGGUUCGAACGAGAGCGCGGGCCAUCGGCGGCGUCUGUCACUACGAUACCCGGCGGGUGCUGUGUCCUGCGCUCUGAGACUCGUCACCGACGUGGCCGCCAUGUUGGCCUGCGAGCAUCGGCUGCGACCGCGGCCUUUCCUGGGAGUCCUUCCGCGAAACUGCACCAGUUACAGCCGUGACAAGGCGUGCAGCGCCAUCUUGGACGACGCGAACCCGGGAUCGCGACCAGCAUCAGUACCAGCACCGGGAAGAUGCAGAGCGAUCCGGCCGCACCUUAGCCAGUAACAAACCAACACCGAUCACAGCUGCGGAUUCCGAUUGGCCCGGCCUAGCUGGUCCAAGCCACGUCUCCAGAAGACCGAAGUCAUCUCGCGGCACACGUCCAGCUGGCGCGAGAGCUGUGCCAAGAAAACGUCCCUGGACUAUAGCAUCCCCAGAAACCAAUAAAGUUUUGUCG